AGCGGCCCUGCUCCGGCUGACACCCAGCCCCGGCAGCGGGCCGCCCCCGAGAGGGCGAGGCCGGCGCUUGGGCCUGGCUCACUCGGCGCAUGGAGCGGCCGGGGGAGGGCGGCGAGAUGGCGGCGGCGGCGCUGCGCGCCGCUAAGCGGGCGCUGCGCGGGGAGCUGCGGCAGCGGCUGCGGGCGCUGGGCGCGGCGGAGAAGCAGCGCCAGUCCCGCCUGCUCGCUUGCGAGGUGAUUGGCCAUCCCAAGUAUCAAGAAUCCAAAAGAAUUGCAAUCUUCCUAAGUAUGCCAGAUGAAAUCCAGACAGAAGAAAUCAUUAAGGACAUUUUUAAGCAAGGCAAAGAGUGUUUCAUCCCACGUUACAAGCCUCACAGCAAUCACAUGGACAUGCUGAAGUUAUCAUCAGCUGAAGACAUUUCAUCACUUACUUUGACAUCCUGGAAUAUUCUUCAGCCUAGUGAUGGUGACAGCGCAAGAGAGGAAGCUCUUGCUGGUGGGCAGGAACAAGACUGCACAGUUGAUCCAACUGAAAGAAACUCAACCCUGCAAAUAAAUCAGCUUCUUGGAUAUCCUUGGAAAUCACCUCAUGGAUAUCUUCAGCACAGUCUCAGCAAGCAUAACAUAGAGGCUCAUGAAGGAGAUGGGCUUGCCAGGAGUGGCUUAGGCUGCCAUUGAAAGUCACAGGGAUUCACAGUUUUAGGAUGCACUCUGAGAACUUUAGUUUGCGCUGCCUGAAAGGUGGCGAACUUUUCAGGUGGUGCCUGUAGGCUGACAUGAGAAUUCUCUGAAAUCUUUGAUCCUGCAAAUUGUAUUGCAUGGAUGAAUCACAGUGCUGAUACGGAGCCUGCCCAUGCAGAACAUCUCUCGAGACUGAGACCUUUGUCUGAAAAUAAAAAGACUUUCCUGUAGGCCUGGAUGAAUAUUGCAAAUCUUUUCCGUCAUUCUUCUCUUACAUUUUGAUUUUAUAAUGCUGUCUCAGGCACUGGAUUCUUCAUAGGGUUGAAAAGUAAGGUUGGUUUAGAUCUAUCUAGCUAGUGGCAUGUGUGUUUUAGUCCCAAAAUAACCUCUCUCUGUCUUAGCCUAAAAUUACCCAACUUCUACAAACAUGUAAACAAACUUACUUCUGUGUCUGCAUUCAAUAUUUGCAUUCUUUUUUGUGAAGACAUUAAUAUCUUCUUGAAACAUCUGAAGAAAUGUUUAAUGUCAUUAAUGGAAAACUCAUGUUGAACUCGAGCUUGAAACAGUCUAGGAAAAUUUUCUCUGGGUGGAAAUUAACCAUGCAGAUAGCUUCCACACCUCACAGACUUACCAGCGUUUUUAUGCUUGGUAGAGGAACAUAACUUUUAUAUGACUCUGGUUGGUUGAACUUGGGUCUGUAUUUGCUUCAGGAUGCCAGCGUACUUUUUACCAGAACACUUAACUGUGUUUGUUUCUCUUUUAUUUUUGAUCUAUACCUCUUUCCUAUUUCAGAAUCAUUUCUGUGUUGACCUGUUAGCUAGCAAGGAAUUUCAGUGCUUCAUACAACCAUCUUCUUUACAUUUAAUAUUUAGCACUGUAACUUGUUUUCCUAAUUUUUGACAAAAAAUUGUGUAUAUUGGUGGGAUGUGGGGGGCUUUUGAAGGUAACCCUUAAAAUGUCCAGGGUUCAGGCACUUGGGACAAGCUGUUCUGCUACUGAUGAACUGCUGUUCAUUGAAUGAAACAAGUCUGUUGCAGAGAUCACAGAGUAAACACACAACAGUUUUAGGUAUGAUGGGAGCAAGGAGUACCUGGUGUAGAGUGCACUAAGAUGUAGCUGUUGGGGCAGCCCAGGUGCCAGGUGGUGAAGGUGAUGGAGGAAGGCAGGAGCAAGCUUUGGUACCUGGCUAGUUCUAGAGCUGCUGUUCCAUUGUCUGCACCAGGAUAUGGAUAUGGGCAGAGAGCAAUGCCAAAAGAGCUACUGCAGUCUACAAAGAGAUGCCAAGAGAGCAGUUGUAACAACUGGUGUGUGUCCACAGCAAACUUGUUCUGCCUGAAGCUCAAUUUCAGUCUGUACUCAGUAACUUAGGAAUAAUUUGGUUUGGAUUGGAUGUCAGACCUUGGACAGUUUUUGUAGAUUAGAGAAUAAGGUUAGGUUUGUUUCAGUAUUGCAUAAUCAGACUUUGUUCCCACAGAAACACACACUGCAUCUCAAUGUGUCUUUAAAUUCCUUUUGCUGUAUUUUUUUAUGUCAGUUAUAUUUUUUUGAACUUGGGUACAUUUGCAGGAAUGCAAAUUGCCUUGCUACUACAUCCAUCCUCCAUUCUUGGCAUUAUGCAUGGAUGAAACAUUUAUCUCUGUGAUGUUAUCAAAUACUGUGGUGAUCUGAGGCAUUUACAUUGUUAUAAGGAGAUAACACGGUGUUACGUUAGUAAUGUUCCCAUCGCUGGCAUAAGUUGCUAUGUAAUUUCCAAGAAAUACCCUGCAGGUACAUAAAUAAGUCAUGUCAUUUCUGAGUGUAUUCAUUUUGCAUGACAAAAAGCUUAAAUUCACACAGUCCUUAAAACUUCAGGCAUGGUUAUUGUGAAGAGUAGCUCAAACAUUAGAGUAGGUAUAAUUUUUGCAUAGAGUUUCCCGGGCUUUGGUAGGGCUCAGGCAGUGGCUAAUAGAUGUGAACCCCUCCUUUUGAAUAGACCCUCUUCUUGAAGACAGCCCAUUUGCUGUUGGAUCAGGGUUUACCUAUUUUCAUCUUGGCAGUACACUACAUACACCUUGUUGGCAUAAACAAAGAUCUCUGCAGUUUUGGUAGUAGAAAGUCUGUUAUCUUUACUGCGCACGGGUGACAGUAAUCCUCAUAUGAAAAGUUGCUUUCUUUAGGCUAAAUGGACACAGUAAAAGAGCAAAGGUGAAAGAAGUUCAGAUAUUUUGUUUGGAGUAGGGAUGUAUGUAGGUGUAUGACUUGGUUCAUUUCCAGCUAUACCUACUGAAAGAUUUAGACAACUUCUGGAGCAAUCCAGUGGUACAUUUUCUUAAUACGUACCAAUUCUCAUUUGUAUCCUUGCCCAUCAGCACUAUAAAUGUGCACUGGUAUCAGAUUUUGCCCAAGGUAAUGCUUUUGAUGAAAGUUCAGGUGGGUUGCAGUCAUUGUUUACAGGAGUGUAAAUACCUUGCACAACUUUGGAAGGAGUAAAUAAGAUAAAACCAUGCUCCCUGUUUGCUUUUUAUCAUGACUCCUACAGAAAUUUAAAAGGACAUUUCCCCAGCAGUUCUAAUUUCAGUGUGGUUUAGGGAGGCGGUGUGAUUCAGCCAGCCGGACAUAGGUUUCCUAACUUGUAAUGACAUUUAUUAUUACUUAAACCUGCUCUGAGAACUGUGGGCAAAAAGCUGGGACUCAAAAGACUGGAUUGAGUUACCUCCAUAUGGUAAAAUUCUUGGAGGUGGCUUCUUUGAAGGGAAGGCAGGUGGCCGACUUUGGACUGAAGAAUUUCAGCUAGAAGUCUUGGACUUGAGCAAAUAUUAUACUUAAGUGUUCGUAACUGAACUACUGACUAAUACUUGAAGGUGUACAGUGAAUUACAGACAACUUUUAAAACAUUCACCUAGGUAAUGGGGAGAAGGGGUUUGGCCUAGAUAUUUUUCCUUAGCCGAAAAAUAAAGAGUCAUUAGAAAUUACAGCUCUGGAUCUGGUUACUCUGAUGGACUGUGAGCCACUCUCCUAAGAAACGUAACAAAUGGGAUUAUGUGUACAAACUUAAAUCAGCCUCUUUUUCUGUGUAAAUUCUGCCCUGGCCUUUAAGUACAUUAUUACAUAGUCUUUGCCUAUCAGAUCUGGGCCCAUUCAAAGAUGAACCCAGAUGUGGUGAUACGGGCUCUUUUAAAGAUGCAGGAGAUGAACACUGCUUGCUGUUCGUGAAUGCUACUAAGUAGUAUGUGCUCAGUCAUUUGCUUUCUCUCUGUUCAAGUUAGAGCUGCAGGCCUUUACUACCAUGCAUUAUUCAAUCCUUGGUAUGGAGACAGAGUUCUUCAUUUCUGUAUGGGCUGUUUAUCACUACAGUGUUCAAUGACUUAAAGAUAUUAACCAGUAUUUGCUGGUGGAGAAGCAGCAGAGGCUCAGGAUCCUGAUUCCAGCCUGAGUUGUGCAAAGGAUCUGCCCCAACUGAAUACAGACUCUUUUGCCUGUUUUUCCAAACAUUAUGGUUUCUUCUAUGUUCCCUCUGAAAUGACCAUUUCUCAGACUUGCCUCAUCAUUGGGCUAGACCCCAUUUCCCAGCUUAAUUUCUCUGCCCCCACAAUGCCCCUUUCCAUCCUUCUGCUCUUUGCCCAUUCUGUCUGAAUCUCCCUCUCCAAGUGUCCUUCUCUGGCCUUUCUGACCAUGUUCACCAUUUCCCCCUGCUCUCAGUCCCAGCCUGUCAUUUUGUGGCCAACACGGAUAACUUGCCCCUGCCAAAAGGGAGGAGAUCAUGUGCUUUUGUCUUCUUUCACUUGUCCGCUUCCACGCACACGAGAUUCCCCAUCCCAGUUUACUCAUUUCCUUCCCCACUGUGCUGGCUUCUUUCUCUUUUUCACUGGCUUAGAAAAACUCCUUCACUGUUAAAUAGUUUAAUGGGGUAUGCUGAAUAAUCUGCUACUACUCUACAAAGCUUAAUGUAUUUUUGCUUCCAGAAAUGAAGGUAUUAAGAACUCUACUUGUAAUUUAGUUUGGAGACUCCUGGCAUUUUCAGUACUGGAGACUUUGGUGGCUGAUCACAAUAUUUGUGUUGUACCUUCAGGAUAAUUAGUGAAAUAUUAACAAGAUAAUCCAUUCUUUCAAUAACAGUACAUCUGUCAUUAGCAAUAAGGAAAGAUACAAGUUUCAAACAAAGUGAGGAAAUACUAAUGUAUGUCUAGCAGCAACCUCUUGCAGCUUCAUUUUUAUAUAACCUUUUGAACAUUAGCUUUUAAGAUUGGGGAUAGUUAUAUCUUUCUGCCCUUAUAACUUCCAGAACACCUUGAGAUUUGCUGUAGCUUAAAUUACAACAUACAGCAGAAGCAGGCAGGGACAGCUUACUUGCUGUAGAUUGUAUUUGGUUUAUAAAGGCUACUUUUGCUGGGAAGUGUGAUCCUCUUGCAAGGAAAAUGCUGGCUACCUCUAGGCUGCAGUUUGAAGCAACCUCAAGUAGUAUGAGUGACCAUUAGCCCUGUUUUAAACUUUGCCACUGGGAUUUGCCCUGCAGAAACAUUUUAGUCCGCAGAAACAUUUUAGUCCACAGAAACAGUUUUUCAUCCAUCUUUAAACUCCUGCUAUUUAUUCAUACAUUCAAAGAGGCUGCAUUUGCUGCCAGGACUGAUGGCCUUGUGAUGCCAGCAGUCUUCAUUAUUCCAAAUUUUAGCACAGUUCUUUAGGAGUGUGACUGAAGUGGUGGCAGUACAGUCUUGAGAGGAAUAGGUUUAAUUUACAGCUGUGAAAUAAAGUGGGAUGUACAAAAAAAUAAUGGGUUGCCCCUGCUCCCCCGCCCAAAAAAAAGAUGCAAGAGAAAUGGGAGGGUUUGAAAAAUGAGACACAUUACAGUUUGGAAAUAAAAAACAGUGUGAGGAGAAAAUGUUGGGUCUUGAAGCACAGAGAAGUUCUAAUAUGCUACUUUGGCUCCAUUAAAUGUUGUGUGGCUGUCCAUGAAGGCACAAUGGGACCAUACAAAAUGAUGCUAAUCAUUCUGAUAAAAGACAUGUAGUAAAUAAUGCUUGGGGUAGCCGAAUAUUUAAAUGAGAUCUAUGCAGAUUGGAAUGUAUCUGGAUGUAAUGAAACAUGGGUGUGAGAAAAGCGGAGAUGUUAAAUAUUACUGCUUAGGAAAAAAACAAAAGUACCCCAAACGAGAUUGUAAAGUGAUUGAGGGCACUAUUAGAUUUUCUUUUCCUCUGGGAAACUUGAUUAAAACUUACAGUACAAAAUAUGUCAAGGGAUAGAUUAUAAUUUAAAAUCUUUUUACACUGGUCAUAAAAAAGAAAACCUGAGAGCAUGGCAUGAAACAAAAUUGAAAAUCAAGGCUUAGCUCCUAAUGUAAUUUAUUUUUUAAUGAAAUGAUUUAAAGUUUGGAAUGAACUUCUGCUUGGAGACAAUGAGCCAUAGUAUUUUGAUAUGCAAAGGAGGACAAAUUCAGUGCAAGGGAGGCAUUAACAUUCUGGUGAUGAGUCUUCUCGUGAAGAGAGGAUGCUUCCCCUCACACAGUGCAGGAUCAAAGCACUGGGCAUGCAAUCCAGUGUCAUGUGUUUUACAAGAGUCAGAUCUCACAACUUGCAGCUAUGUAGCAAUACCUGAAAUUCCUUCUCACCUCUGCAGCUGCAGUCCUGGCUCAUCCCCUUACAGGCAGGUUCUGGUUUCUGUUUACCUGUGGGCAUUCCGAGCGUCGCUCUAAGCAUCUCAUUUUACUUGUAUUGAGCCCUUGGCUCUGCUGCCUUCUGGCAGCUGUGAGUUGUACUGGUUAGUUAGUCGUAAUGUGAAAUAUUAUGUUCCUUAUUAUGUUAAUAUUACAUUAUGUUCCUACAGUGUGUGAAAUACUGUGUUCCUUGUAUUCAUUAUAAAUCUGCUGCUUUCAGUUCAAGUGAUACCUCGUUCUUCUGUGAUGAAAAGUAAAUAAGGAUGUUUGAUUUCUUUCCAUUAUUCAUUGUUCAGUUAAAGCUGUAUUAUAUCUAUUGUAUUUUUUUCUCUCAAACUUUGUGUGGUUUUUUAUUCUCAUGUAGAAGCUUUUCUAGAUCUGUAAUAGUCCCGACCAGUGCUCUUUCUUUUCUUUUGCAAUCUCUCUGAUGUUAUUUUGGAGAAAAGAUGCCUGAGAGAAAAUGUUAUGCCCAAGUAAAGAGAUACUGUGAAAUAUGAGUA